GUAGUUGUCCAUAUGAUUUCCUUUAUGAAGAAAGUGAUGGGGUUACCACCCAAGCUAUAUGUCUUAUUAGUAGUAUGUACCUUAGGAGGAAGCGUGGUUGGAAUAGAUACUGCUCUGGUUAGCGGAGCACAGUUAUUUUUUAUCACUCGAUUCAACCUGGAUACUUCUCUUCAAGGCCUUACCAUUGCGGCCACUUUGUUAGGAGCACUCGUUGGCGCUGUUUUGUCAACUAUACUGAAUAAGUACGUCGGCAGAAAGGGCGCCAUGUUCUUUGGUGGUAUAGAUGCCAUUGCUGCCGGUUUGAUUGAAGGAUUCUCAAAUAUAUGGGGAAUACUUUUAUUGGGAAGGCUGAUUCUUGGAAUAUGUUUUGGUAUUAUGACUAGCACUAUUCCAAUGUAUCUAGCAGAGUGUGCACCGACGGAUAUCAGAGGAGUAUUCACCUCAGUCUAUCAAUUAGCAUAUGCAUUUGGAUAUUUUAUUGGUCUUAUCGUUGAUGUCAUAUUUGUACAUGUCGAACACGGUUGGCGCUUUAUGCUUGCUUCUGUCAUUGUGCCUGCAGCACUGGUAACUUUGGGACUGUUCUUUGCUGCAGAGUCACCGAGAUGGUUAUUAGCAAAAGGUCGUGAAAAUGCAGCAUGGAAUUCGUUAACUCAGUUGAGGUCUUCGGAACAAGUAGCUGUACAAGAUUUCGAUGCUAUGCGCCAGUUCUUGGAGAAGGAAAGAGAGACAAUGAAAAUACAACCCGGUUUCUUUCGCACUUUUUAUGAAAAGCCAAGUGCUCGUCGUCCUAUCAUGUUGGGAAUUGCGUUGCAAAUUGCUCAACAAUUUUGUGGUGUCAAUGCAGUGAUGUUCUAUUUCGACUAUGUUUUACAACUUGCUGGGAUGACGGCUUCCAGAAGUAUCGAUGUGAGCGUUGCAUUGGGUUUUGCUACUGUGUUGUUUACAUUCCCUACAUUUUGGCUCAUUGACCGAGUGGGAAGAAGAUUUCUUUUAUUGAGUACGAUGCCAUUUCUAUCCAUCAUGCUUUGGAUAUGCGGCUUUUCCUUUUUCGGAGGUACCCAUAUUCGUGAAGCAUUGAACAUUUCGGGUACUCUAUUGUUUCGUUUCUUUUAUGGACCUGGAUUGGGUCCCGUUCCUUGGGUGAUUGUAGCGGAAAUCUAUCCGUGGUAUAUUCGUUCCCAAUGCUUAACGAUGAAUUCGUUUGUUAGUUAUAUGUUGAACUUUGUUGUCUCGUUUUCGUGGCCGACGAUGCUCAGGUCGAUGCAUGCACAAGGAGCUUUUAGUUUCUUUGCUGGUUUUACGUUGUUGUCUACUUUGUUCAUCUAUUUGUUUGUUCCAGAAACCAAAGGUGUCGAAAUGGAAGCUAUUCAACAACUGUUUCAAUAUCCAUUGUAUACUAUUGCGAAGAAGAAUCUAAGCGAAACCAAAGCACAUUUGAGCAAGUGGCCUAUUUUCCGCCGUUGUUUUGUAUCACCUGAAGAAAAGGAAACUAGAGAGCAAGUGGAUGAUAACCCAGUUCGUACUUGUGAGAAUGAACAAGAAACGAUCAAAACUUCGUUCGAAGCAUCGAGUAGUAAAGCAUAGAUAUAUAUAUGUGUGUGUGUUUGUGCAGUGUAGAAAUGUGAUCCUUUUUUGUAAAAUAUGUUUUUGUUGUAUAAUGUAGUAUAGUCGAUAAAUGCGAUGUGAAGUCG